UGAUUGAGUGUAUGAGCUGGUAGCUGCUCGUAGCACAGAAAGCAAUCAAGAAAGCCGAAAGAACGUUACAAAUCGUCUUCAAUAUGUCUUCCAAAUGUUCAGUUGAUAAAUACUCUUACACUGUGGGGAUGUUAGCACCUGCGAUGCUAAUCAUGGUUGUGUUGAGUUUCAUGAAGAAAAGAGUGCAAUUAAGACCUGACCUGUUGAAUGGUCGACCUGGAUUACCCAUACCAGUCAACUUCCUGGGAAAAGAGAGGAACAGAUUGAUUAUUGUACUUGCUUUUUGUGCUACAACAUCUUCAUUAUUAGAGAUGUUUGUUGGGACCUUAUUUCGUAUCAACACCACUGCUACCAGGAAUAUUUCAGAUACGUCAUUCGGCAAAGCGUUUAGCGGGAUCCUCAUGUCAUUGUUGUACGGCAUCAUAAACUACCCAUAUUUGGCAUGUCUCAAUGCUGAGUACAGAAUGAUUGGCUACAUCAUGGGUUUGCUCUAUACUUUCAUAAGAUGCAUUGUCGAUGCGGUUUUGAUUAUUGCCUGUUUAUUACCCGGUAAACAGGCUGAUGGCAUAUCAUAUAUAAUAUUCUACUACUUGCCUUCAGUGGUUUGCACUAUCCUUCUUUUGGGGGCUUACACAAUUUUCCUGUACCAAGAAAUGCGGAAGAUCUAUGCAAAUGAUACACAUCCAACAUGGAGGGAGAUAUUUAUGAUCAAUGGGGAGAGAGAAGAGACUGUUGCAGAGGACAUCGACCGCAUCCAUGUCUCGCUGUUACUUACAAACAAUCUCCAUAAGAAAAGAGCCCAGGUCGAGUACGAACCUUGGUAUGUCACUGCCAGACGAAGGAUUUACGAAACCCGUCCAGAUUUUAAGUUUUCCACUCAGUUUCUGUCUGCGGUGAUUGUGUCCUUUAUUUUCAUUUAUCAGCUAGCUGUUAUUUUUACUUAUGGACUGUUAUUAUACAAGAAAAACCUUCCAAAUCCAUCAUUGAAACUUGUUAUCGACUACAUUUUGGUAGCCAUUACCGCUGCUUCUCUCAUUGCAACACUACAGCUGUUGUUUUUUAUCAAAAGCCACAGGUCUGAUGUGCUGAAAACAUACAGAACCAGAGCGGGUCAACUACCAGACGAACGCACCAAUCCUAAAAUGCUCGUGGGCAAAAGUCUUCGAUUUUGCGGAUAUCAAAUAGCAUUCACAGCAAUUGGUAUGAUUUUUGUCGCAAUCUCUAUUCUAUUUCUGCUCUCACCAAUUUUGGUAUUUAAGCUCAUUGACGAUGAGGGUAGAACAAUGUUACUAGAGCAGGUUAAGGAAACUGUUCUUUCGGCCUUGUUGCCCUUUGUAACCGUAUCUCUCCUAUCAUGGCUCGCGUUAUUUCUGUUGUGUACGUUUGUAUUUCGUGACAGAACCUACCCAGAUCUGACAGUUACUAUUGACAACAGGCGUUUGUUUGACAUUAUGUCAUAUUUCUUCUUCUUCUUGAAUAUCUUGGUUGGGAUAUGGUCUGGACUUUCUCGUGCUGCAAAAGGUGCAGCUUUAGGCUUGGUAUUCCUGUGCCGACUUGAUCGCACAUCAAUGAUGACGGGCUAUAGGAAAUGGGACAGAGGUUACGUGGCUUACAUUGGCUUUCUUAAUGUCCUUGUUGCAUUCAGACAUCCCGUCAUGCUUUGCUUCUGCCAGGUUUUGAUUGACGAUCGGAAAAAAGUGCAUUCAGGUUUGGCCACAAGGGACAGGCCCCGCAGAUCAACAAGAGCUCUCAAUCGGUGGUUCUUAGCAGUUUUGCUGAACCGAAACCCAAGUCUUCUGAGAUACAGAAAAAGAGAUGUGUUUGGAUCCAGGAAUACAUAUUCCUCAGCUACAGCUGCAGACACAUCAGCAGUUGUUUUAGAAGAAUGGGAAAUGCCCAGUGAAAAGUUAAAGAGCACUCAGUUUUACUGACACUGAUAGAGCAAUAGGUUCAUAUGAUAGAUUCCUUGAUAUUCGAUACCUCGAUAGCUCCAAGCAAAAUAAUGUUCUAUAGUUUAUUAACAAGGAUUCCACUGAUGUUAUUUGAUGUGUUAGAUAUAGCAGGAAUAAUACUGGGGGCAGUCAUACGAAGCUCUAUCCACCAGAUAAAUCCUUAGCAGAUAAACUACAUACAAUAUCUAUGUCUGAAUGGAUAAGUUUAUUCACCCUUUGUACAACCGGCAUCAGAUGUUUAAGUUAUUGAAUCAGAAAACUGCACUUUCAUAAAUUUGAUUGCAAUUCUAUUACAUGUGCUGACUUCCUAGUCAUUCUUGUACCCAGUUCUUUCUCAGUUUCUCCAUGGAAAGUUGAAGUCUCUAGCUGGUUGGAGACAAAUGAGUCUUAGAUUUGAUUGGUUCAAAAAC